AUGCAAGGACUCACUUAUCAACCUCUGAAACCCGGCAAAUCCUUCAGACUUGCUACCUUGCACGGAGGUCAACCAAACGACCAGAUCAGCCUCACUGUUCAAGAAUACGACCUCAAAAAUUGUCCACCAUACAUUGCGCUCUCGUAUGAGUGGGGCGAGGAGCAUGAGAAGAAGAUCUCGCUGAAUGGAAUGCCGUUCCGCAUCCGCACGAACUUAUACGACUUUCUUCAAGUCAUUCGACCUGGCCCGUCAAAGACCCGGCUCCUGUUCAUCGAUGCGCUCUGCAUUAAUCAGACUGACGUUGCCGAGCGUUCCUCUCAGGUGCACUUGAUGAGGGACAUCUAUGAGGGAGCUAGAAAAGUAUGGGCUUGGCUUGGCCGAGAUAGUGUCGCUUCCGAUGUAGUGGCCGAUGCUUGCCAGGGACAACAAGCCACGGACGUCGACGAUGCCGAACUUCAACGUAGCGCCAAAGAGGUGCUUUCACGAAGAUACUGGACACGGAUGUGGAUGAUGUCCGAAUUGAUGAUCGCGAAGACCAUCACAUUAUAUUGUGGACCUCGCUCGUUCUCCUGGGAUGAGCUCGUUGAGGUUUUGUCCUCAUACAUCCCGGAUUGGUACCACACUUUCGAGUCGACGAAAGCCUUUCGAGCCGUGGAGGAUGUGCGGGCGGCAGUCCGGAAAGGCUCGAAGAUCCCAGUCUUGAGGCUCUUUGACGAGUUCGGCCAGAUGGAAUGUCAACACAAACAGGACCGAGUGUACAGCUUGCUUGCCUUCCACGCUCACGCGAGAAGGCUGCCUUGUGUUAUGGCCGACUACGCGGGCAGCGCCGAAAAAGUGUUCGUCGAAGCCCUUCGGUACUGCGCACAAGCUCCUGGAAAGGUGGCAGGCACACGGCCUGGUUUCGAGAUUGCAAAGUGCAGUCGAGCCUUUCAAGCAAGCCUGGGCAUCGAACCGGAGAAAAGCAUUUCUGAUGUACUCGAGGUCAUGAAAGAACACCCAAGCACAGAGACACUGCACAAACCCGUCUUCAGAGAGUCAUUGGAAGAACCACAGAUGCUAGGCAAGACCAAAACAGGUGCAUGGUUCGAGACGGAGUCACGCUCCGCUGGGCUGGACCUGACUCGUAUCGCGGUCCACGCACAUCGAUACACCAAGACGGAGAUGGUGUUUACAAGCAAAGAUGCCCGCCACGGCGACCAAGUGUUCCGGAUUCGCGGCUCAGCAAUUGCAGUGGUCUGUCAUGGCUCUAGGUCAUCGUGGCGGAUUGUAAGCCUUGGAGUCGUGGUGCCCAAGGCCAAAGAGAUCAAGCACAAGUACGCAGAUUUCUUAUACCACAGCCUGGACGGGAGUGUCGAGGUGGACGCUGCUGGGGAUGCUUCUGUGUCGCUGAGCUGUUUCGAUGUUGCGGUGCUCUCGUCGCUGCCUGAAGCGACUCGAUCUUAA